AUGGCCAAUACCAUGCCCAUUCCGCUCCCUCCUCGAACUCCCACUCCUCCGUCUGACGAAGCAUCCUCUUUCGACCCAGAAGGCCCCUUAGACCCCAAUUCCCUGUCGCCUCAUCAGUAUGAGCACGAUAACAUGAUGUUAUCUCCCGGGAACACGUACUUUUCACCCACAAUCUCGGAGAAACAGAGUCUCGGUGGAAAUGGAGCUGGCCCCUUCAACUUCCAGCCAGCGACAAUGGCGAAGUCCCCAGUGAUCAAAUCUAACAUCGGCCAGAGACGCGGUCACAAGUACAAGCACAGUAGUGUUUCACACCAGAUAUUUCUCGAACCUCCUCCGCGAGCCCCCUUAGCCCUUCCCAAUUCCCUCCCCAUUCCGACCUUCGCCGAAUGCCGAGCAAGCAUGACCAAGGAUCAAAAAUUGCGUUUCUAUUGGACUAUCUGUCACAUGGCGGUGGCCGGCUACACGGCGUGGAACGCGCAUGGAUCGGCAGCAAUGGAGGCAUUGUCCCAUCUGAUGUUCUACGAUUCGCUCGGGGCCCUGUUAUGCGUGUUUGUCGAGAUUCUGUCCAAUUUCGAAGUCUGGGGUCGGUCGAGCGUGAGGCAUCCCUUUGGAUUGCAACGUAUGGAAGUGGUGGCGGGAUUUGCCUUGUCGGUAUUGUUGAUCUUCUUCGGAUUCGACUUGAUAUCACACAAUGCCAAGCACGCCCUCGAAGGCAUCGGUCACGAACCACACCAUCCACAUACGCACGAGCGCAUUUCUGCCGGCACCGUCGAUGUGACAGCCAUGCUGGCACUGGUGGCGACCUUGAUCUCCGCCGUCGGGUUGCAAAAUCAUGCCCGCAUCGGAAAAGCCAUGCGAUUCGCGGCCAUGGAGAAUCUUCCUUCUUUGUUGAGCAAUCCUUCCCAUUUCCUGACCCUCUCCUGCUCAGGGACGAUGCUGAUGCUGCCCCUUCUAUCCCUGCACACCUACGCAUGGGUGGAUAAGGUCCUCUCCUUGAGCAUCGCUCUGAGCAUGCUCUUCCUUGGUGUGCAUUUGGGUCGAAAUGUGGGGGCAAUGCUGCUCAUGUCCCUGCCCUCCAAAUCGGCGCAUGUGUCAGAAGUGGUUCAAGCCAUUGAAGCCGAACCCCUUGUCCGCAGUGUCGAGCAAGCCAAAUUUUGGCAAGCGCAUUAUGGGAUGGGCAUGGCGAAUUUGCGACUCCGGGUCGUUGGGACGGAGGAGAAUUUGGUGAAACUCAGGGAGAGGAUCACCAGCCUGAUCCGAAACCGGUUGAGUGGAGGUUAUGGACAAGGAAGCAGUGGACAGAAGUGGGAAGUCAGUGUACAGUUCAAGGUGGAAAUCGACAGUGCCAUUUCUCAAAGCGCCAGCCAUUUGGUCACUGGGUCUGGCUGGUUGACCAGUUGA